AUGUUUGCCAGACUCGCCAACCCCGCCUGCUACAAGCCCCUCAUGGGCUCCAGCAUAACAAAAGCUGCAAAGAGACUAUACCAUCCCAAGGUAAUUGACCACUACACAAACCCAAGAAACGUCGGAUCCAUGGACAAGUCCCAGGCCAACGUCGGCACGGGGAUCGUGGGCGCCCCAGCUUGUGGGGACGUGAUAAAGCUUCAGAUCCAAGUGAACGACAAGUCGGGCAUCAUUGAGAACGUCAAGUUCAAGACCUUUGGCUGUGGGUCGGCCAUCGCGUCCUCUUCCUACAUGACCGAACUGAUACGUGGUAUGUCGCUGGACGAGGCCGUCAAGAUCAAGAACACAGAGAUCGCCAAGGAAUUGAGCCUGCCCCCGGUGAAGCUGCAUUGCUCCAUGCUCGCAGAAGACGCCAUCAAGGCGGCAAUCAAGGAUUACAAGACGAAGAGGAAUCCCUCCGUCUUGCAUUGA